AGCUUUUUAGUGAACGUUGUUUAGCGCAUAAUUGUUAAACAUAAAAUCGCGUUUUUUUAAUGUUUGUUCAGAUGUUUUCUGUUUUUUUUAUUUGAGUGAACUUAAAUUGUUCGCUAAAAGUUUUGGAAAAAUGAAAAAAUAUUUUUUCUUACUAUUAUUGGCAAUUAUUUGCUUUCAGUAUAUAAACUCAAGGUGCCCCAUACCAUGUAAUAAAGAAGAACAGCAUUUAUGUGGUAGCGAUGGCAACACUUAUUUAAACGAAUGUGAGUUAAGAAAAAAAGCUUGUUCGAUAAAAAAAGCCAUUGUUGCUGUUAGAAGUGGAAAAUGUCUAAAAAAUGAUUUUAAGUGUUUAAAUCAGUGCGGAAGAAUGAUGAAGCCAGUCUGCGGUAGUGAUGGGAAAGUUUACGCUAACGAGUGCUUAAUGAUUAUGAAGAACUGCGAAAAAAACAAAACAGUAAGCACAACUUUGAAGAAUAACAUGAACAACGAUAAAGAUUUAUGCAAAGAUUGCAAAUGGUCGUGUCCACAAAAUGUUACGAUUGUUUGUGGUUCUGACAACAUGACAUACGAUAACGAAUGUGAACUAAACAAGCAUGCUUGUAAAACUAGAACGGCAAUUAUAGUUGUGCAUUAUGGGAAAUGUUUGGAUUAAUGGAAAAAAAAUUAUUUUGGCGAUUAAUUGAGUUAAACCUCAAUCGAAAUCGGUUGAAAUAAAAUGUUCUAAGAUUUAUUUAAAAAGAUUUAUGUUGCAUUUUUAUAACUAAUACUCUUGAGCAUAAAAAAUUUUAUGGAGUAAAA